CGCUUUUAUAAAAAAAAACUCAACCCCACCAUUUUCUCCUGUUCUUUGUCUCUCCCACCACCAUUCUCUGUAUUAAUUCAACCUUCAUCGUUUCGCAUUAAAAACUCAAAAACAUUUUCUUUCCCUCUCACAAAAGUUUCAGUCACUUAGAAAGACAAAAAAAAAAAGAAGUUUGAAGAUGAUGAACGGUUUGAAAAGAACGUUUUGGAUUUCCAAACAUAGAAAGACAGAGGAUAGAGUUGACGAUCGGGCAAAACCCACUUCAAGGUUCGGUUUUUUCUCUAACCCGUCUACUCCAAAGUCCGAGACCCGACCCGAUUCAGCUAGCCCCACUCUUCGUUGCCAGAGCUGGGGCGCUACGGCGGUUGCCACUCCCUCCUCACCGUCUCUUCCCGCUAGUCCCAAUCUCCAGUGCAUGACUUCCGGCGACGUAACUCCGACAGCGACUACGCCAAGGAGAAACAGAAGCCCUCUCUCUCUUCUCAGCCUUUCUUCCCCUUCGUCGCCGGCGAGCUUCUCUCUCCUCAAAGCAAAACUCUGUUUCACUAAAAGUAACGGCAGCAGAUGUGGGAUUUGCUUACAGAGCGCGAAAGCAGGGAGAGGAACGGCGAUAUUCACGGCGGAGUGCUCUCACACUUUUCAUUUCCCGUGUGUCGCCUCACGCGCCGGUGAUCUUAAUCUACUCGCCGCAUGCCCCGUUUGCGGCGCCUCGUGGAGAGACACAUCACUUCUCCCUCUCUCUCCCCUCCUCCACGACUUGAAAUCCCCAGAAUCCGAAUCCGAAUCCAGGACCCGAGAAUCAUCGUCCAACAAGUCCUUAAGAGUCUACAACGACGACGAGCCUUUGAUCUCCUCUCCGAUCUCGCCUGCCGGUUUCAACACCAUACUCGAAUCAGACGAAAACGAAGACGACGAAGAAGAAGAUAACGGAGGUUUCAAAGGCUUCUUCGUUAACACGCCGUUAACGUCAAAUAAACGGUUAACUGAUUCCGUCGACGUCAAGCUGUCUUCGGAAGCGGCGGUUGUGGCCGUUGGAAGAGGUAGCUACGAGACCUACUCUGUGCUGAUGAAGAUCAAAUCUCCUCCGUUACCUGCGUCGCGGCGCAGACCUCCCGUGGAUUUAGUAACGGUUCUCGACGUCGGCGGAAGCAGGGUCGAGACGGUGAGGCGAGCGAUGAGGCUGGUGAUUUCGUCUCUCCGGGAGAACGAUCGUCUCUCGAUGGUCUCGUUCUCGUCGAGCUCGAAGCGUCUAUCGCCGCUGCGAAGGAUGACGGCGAACGGAAGGAGAGUAGCUCGUCGGAUUCUCGACGAUAUCUCCGGCGACGGCGAGGGGAUGAGCGUCAAGGAUGCUGUUAAGAAGGCUGCUAAGGUGAUCGAGGAUCGCCGGCAGAGAAAUCUGUUCGCCACCAUCUUCGUCUUAACGGACUCGGCCCAUCAGGCCCAAUCAGAUUUCGUGUCGUCCACGCGCGUCUCUCUGUUAGAAAUCCCAACGCACACCCUUUACCUCGGCGCGUGUACCAAAGUUAUCCCGGAGGACGUGUUGGCCAAACGCAUCAAAGGUUUGUUGAGUGUCUCCGUACAGGAUCUUACUUUACAGCUCGGGUCGGGUCAAGGAGAGAUUACGUCGGUUUACUCACUAUCGGGUCGACCCAUUUGGCUUGGAUCCGGGCUCAUUCGGUUGGGUGACAUGUACGGGGAAGAAGAAAGACAAGUGUUGGUGGAACUAAAAUCACCUGCAUCUGGUAAGUCCCACAGAAUCAUGACCGUCCGAUCUCGCCACGUAGAUCCAACCACUCAGGAAACAAGGGACUCGGAUGAUAGAGCGCUUCUGAUACCACGUCCUACAGCCGUCAGAUCAUCAUCCAACACGAACAUUGCACGACUCAGAAACGUCCACGUCAGCACACGAGCCGUGGCAGAGUCUCGGCGACUGAUCGAAGCCAGUGAUUACUCGGGUGCUGAGCGAAUGCUGACGUCAGCUCGAGCCUUGCUGGUACAAUAUGGCUCGAGUUCUGGUGACGCGUGCUUACGUGGUUUGGACACUGAGAUAGCAGAUUUGAACCGCGUGAGAGGUAGUAGACACGUGGCUGUGAAGAGCCCAGAGCCUGUGGCUCAGAAGACUGAGCCGUUGACACCAACAUCAGCUUGGAGAGCGGCUGAAAGAUUGGCUAAGGUGGCGAUCAUGAAGAAGCAUAUGAACAGAGUCAGUGACCUCCAUGGGUUUGAAAAUGCUAGAUUCUAGUCUGUUCUUCUGGUUUGAUGUUUCUGUAUUUCUUUUUCUUUAAGAUAAAGUUAUGUAAUGAAGUGAUACAAAGAAAUAGAACGGUAAAAAAUGGUAUAUGCAACA